UACUUUGGACGGUACUGUCCAGCGGCUCCUCCCAAGUACCAAUCCAACUUGCCAAGCAGCAUACCGAAAGGAAGCAAAGUGGGGCCAGAAGGAGGGGAAGAAAAGUGCUUGGAUGAGAGUUCUGGGGCGCUAGGCAGUCUGGGAGUCGUAGUUUCGGGUCGCUGUGGAGCGCGCGCUUGAAGGAAGUGGCUAGAGAAGGCGGGAGGAAGCAAAAAGACAUCCGGGCUUUGGGUUCCAGGCGGCCGGGAGAAAGAGCAAUAACUGCAGCACCCUGGUGGGAUUCCACUGAAAGGCAGGCGCCUCCCAGAGUUUGUAAUUCCUUGAGUGAGCGCCAGGCGAGCCUCGUCUCUGGCUUCCCCAACAUGCGCAGGCACCCGGAGAGCAGCUGCGGGCGCGGGACCUAAAGAUGAUCUUUUCGGUCGUCCAUUACCCGCUCGGGUGGCUUCGACGGGCCGGAGGUCGUGCCCUGACCCUCGCCGCCAUGGAAGGGGCCUUCCGAGGCGUGCGGAAAGUCCUCUGUGUGGCCGAAAAAAACGACGCAGCCAAGGGAAUCGCUGAUCUGCUGUCCAACGGUCGUAUGAGACGGAGAGAAGGACUUUCUAAAUUCAACAAGAUCUAUGAAUUUGAUUAUUAUCUGUAUGGCCAGAAUGUUACCAUGAUAAUGACUUCAGUUUCUGGACACUUGCUGGCUCAUGAUUUCCAGAUGCAGUUUCGAAAAUGGCAUAGCUGCAAUCCCCUUGUCCUCUUUGAAGCACAAAUCGAAAAGUACUGUCCAGAGAAUUUUAUAGACAUCAAGAAAACUCUGGAACGAGAGACACGGCAGUGCCAGGCCCUGGUGAUCUGGACUGACUGUGAUAGAGAAGGUGAAAACAUCGGGUUUGAGAUUAUCCAUGUGUGCAAGGCAGUGAAGCCCAGUCUGCAGGUGUUAAGAGCCCGAUUCUCUGAGAUCACCCCCUGUGCUGUCAGGACAGCCUGUGAAAACCUGACCAAGCCAGAUCAGAGAGUGAGUGAUGCUGUGGAUGUGAGGCAGGAGCUGGACCUGAGGAUCGGAGCUGCCUUCACUCGGUUCCAGACCCUGCGGCUCCAGAAGGUUUUUCCUGAAGUGCUGACAGAGCAGCUCGUCAGCUAUGGCAGCUGCCAGUUCCCCACACUGGGCUUUGUUGUGGAAAGAUUCAAAGCCAUUCAGGCCUUUGUGCCUGAAAUCUUCCACAAGAUCAAAGUAACUCAUGACCACGAAGAUGGUAUUGUAGAUUUCAAUUGGAAAAGGCAUCGUCUCUUUAACCACACAGCUUGUCUUGUCCUCUAUCAGUUAUGCAUGGAGGAUCCCAUGGCAACCGUGGUGGAGGUCAGGUCAAAGCCAAAGAGCAAGUGGAGGCCUCAAGCUUUGGACACUGUGGAGCUGGAGAAACUGGCUUCUCGCAAGUUGAGAAUAAAUGCUAAAGAAACUAUGAGAAUUGCUGAAAAGCUCUACACUCAAGGGUACAUCAGCUAUCCCCGAACAGAGACAAAUAUUUUCCCCAGAGACUUAAACCUGAUGGCAUUGGUGGAACAGCAGACACAGGAUCCAGACUGGGGGCCCUUUGCCCAGAGCAUUUUAGAACGGGGUGGCCCCACCCCACGCAAUGGAAAUAAGUCUGACCAAGCUCACCCUCCCAUUCACCCCACCAAGUAUGCCAGCACGUUGCAGGGAGAUGAACGGCGACUAUAUGAGUUCAUUGUUCGUCAUUUCCUGGCUUGCUGCUCCCAAGAUGCCCAGGGACAGGAGACAACUGUGGAGAUUGACAUUGCUCAGGAACGCUUUGUGGCCCAUGGUCUCAUGAUUCUAGCUCGAAACUACUUGGAUGUGUAUCCAUAUGAUCGCUGGAGUGACAAGCUCCUCCCUGUCUAUGAGGAAGGCUCCCACUUUCAGCCCAGCACUAUAGAGAUGCUAGAUGGGGAGACCAGCCCUCCACAACUGCUCACUGAGGCCGACCUCAUCACCCUCAUGGAGAAACACGGCAUUGGUACGGAUGCCACUCAUGCAGAGCACAUUGAGACCAUCAAAGCCCGGAUGUACGUUGGGCUCACUUCUGACAAGCGGUUCCUCCCUGGGCACCUGGGCAUGGGACUGGUGGAAGGUUACGAUUCCAUGGGCUAUGAGAUGUCUAAGCCUGACCUCCGGGCUGAGCUGGAAGCUGAUCUGAAGUUGAUCUGUGAAGGCAAGAAGGACAAGUCUGUGGUUCUGAGGCAGCAGGUGCAGAAAUACAAACAGGUUUUCACUGAAGCAGUGGCUAAGGCGAAGAAGUUGGACGAGGCCUUGUCUCAGUACUUUGGGGAAGGGACAGAGACACCCCAGCAAGAAGACAUCUACCCAGCCUUGCCAGAGCCCAUCCGGAAGUGCCCACAGUGCGACAAAGACAUAGUCCUAAAGACCAAGAAGAGCGGUGGGUUCUACCUUGGCUGCACGGGUUUCCCAGAAUGCCGGCUGGCCAUGUGGUUUCCCGACUCAGUGCUGGAGGUCAGCAGGGAUGGGAGCGUAUGUCCAGUUUGUCAACCGGCCCCUGUGUACAGGUUGAAGUUCAAAUUCAAGCGUGGGAGCCUUCCCCCAACCAUGCCCCUGGAGUUUGUGGGCUGCAUUGGUGGAUGUGAUGAGACCCUGAAGGAGAUCCUUGGUCUGCGGUUUUCACGGGGCCCUCCCAGAAACAGCCAGCCCUCUGGCCACCUGCAGGCUAGCCAGUCAGUGAACAGGAUGGACAGCAGCCACUCCCAGCCUCCAGGGAGUAGACAGAUCAGACCCUCUCAGGCUCAGGCCCAGACCCUCCUGCCUGCUGCUGCCACUGGUGAGAGCAACUCUGUGACUUGCAACUGUGGCCAGGAAGCUGUGCUGCUCACCGUCCGCAAGGGGGGCCCUAACCAGGGUCGGCAGUUCUACAAGUGCAACACUGGUAGCUGCAACUUCUUCCUCUGGGCCGAUGGCGGCCAUCCUGGAACAGGAGGAGCCCCUGCCUCUACAACAAGACCCCCGGGCGGCUCACUUGGACGCCCACCAGGCUCAGGCCACCACUCUUAUGGCUUCAGUGAUGCUGGUGAUGGCAGUGGUAGCAGCACAUCCUGCCUGUGCAGUCACCCUGCUGUCACAAGAACAGUGCAGAAGGAUGGUCCCAAUAAAGGGCGCCAGUUCCACACGUGUGCCAAGCCACGGGAACAGCAGUGUGGCUUCUUUCAGUGGGCUGAUGAGAACGUGGCCCCAGGGACUUUCGCAGCCCAACCUUGGCCAGGAGACAAGAGCAAAAGACCCCGGACCAGUUCCUCAGAUUCGGGGUCCACAGCAAAGAAAGUACGGAAAUGCAGUCUUUGCCACCAGCCCGGACACACCCGGCCCUUCUGUCCUCAGAAUAGAUGAAGGCAGUAUAGGGUAGAGGGCCACUUUCUCAGUCUGGAGAUUGAGUUAACUAGGACUCGCUGGCUGUUCACUGAGUUCCUAGAAACUGAGGAGGAUGUUGGGUUUUGGAGUUGGGCUUUUCUUUGUUAAGGAGAACAAGUUUUAGACCACCCUCAAGAAGAUUGGCUCUGCCGGACAGUGUCGCUCUGCCCAGGGCUCAAUGACCACAGCGACUGCUGAGAAGUCACACUGCUGCCCUGUGACACAACACACACACACACACCCCAUAAAGAUGGUUGCUGGUAACGUGGUGGUGAGGCUGCUAGCGGAAGACAUAACCAUUGGUGGCUGUGAACCACAGCUGUGCCCCGCUGCACUGCAAAUCAAGAAGCACCCAGGGUUUUCUGAGUGAGGAGCAACACUUCUCUCAGGUUCUGAGCAGCCUGGAUGGGGCUUCUGUCACAGCCGUACUGGGGAGUGGCUCUCCUAAUAUCAGAUCUGCAGGAGAAGCUUCACUUCCGUUUCACCUAAAAGCCAAGGAUCCCCUAAGUCAUGUGCCUUAGCAAAGAAUGUAUAUUACUCUGACAAGUGACAGUGCAGCAUAGUGUCUGGUGACAUUUGCAGGGGCGACAGCAUCUCUGACAGCCUGUAGUGGAGGAGCACUCACCAGCACCUCCUGAUGGCCCCUUCUGGUCCAGCCCUUCCUCCCUGCCAUGUGGUGAGUGCCGAGCCCAAUUUGUGGACUCCCUAGUUUGUCAGUUGGCACAGAAUUGCCAGUGCAGUACUCAGAACACUGACCAUCCAUCUGCCCUUGCCCGAGAUGCACUGACUGUUGCCCUGUGAAUAAUACAUAGUUGACUGGCUCUGUUUUACAGUUCUGAAGAGAAGCAGGAAUGGUCACAGUGGCAGUUAACAAAAAAAUUGAUCUCGGGACCCGGGACUGCAAGCCUCUGCCCUUCAUUAGAUCAGCGCUCGAUUGUGCUGGCUGGGUGUCAGGCAGUAGAGCUCUCGGAGUAUGGGUUUCUGGCCUUGUUUCUAGCGCAGCCUGGUCAGCAGGUAUGGGUCCCAGCCUGUGAUGCUGGGUUUUCUCAGAUCCUGGCAACCACCUCCCUACUGUUUGUUUCUACAGGUUUACCUGUUCUGGACAUUUUUUAUCAAUAGAAUCAUACAGUACAU